AUGAGCUUCCCUUUAACUUCUCCAGCCAUUAUCCAACGGAAACCGCCCCCACCGCAAAGCCACUGGCACCGAAAACUGCCCCCAGCGGACUACAUUCAUCCAUCCCCAACCUCACCGCUACGUGAAAGCUCUCUUUCAGAGUUUGGAGUUUUGGGAUUUGAAUUAGGUUAUUCCAUGGAAAACCCCAACUCUCUGGAGACUGGAUUAGUUGUUCUUCUACCUCAUGGUUAUGACGGCCAAGGCCCUGAACACUCGAGUGCACGUUUGGAAUGUUUCCUCCAGGACACAAAUACAGGAGUGCAAUUGGCAGGUGGUGAAUGUCACGACUCCUGCAAAUUAUUUCCAUGUUUUGCCGCAUCAAAUACACAUGGAAUUCCGCAAGCCUCUCAUUGUGAUGUCACCAAAGAACUUGCUUCGUCACAAGGACUGCAAUUACUUGUAAAGCUUCAGGACAAUAAGUUGGUCGAAACUAUCGGCAUACCCGUUAACGAUGAUAAAGGUUCUGUUCGUCUAACUGCUUGUGUCUCAUCACAGCUGUGGCUGUUUAUUUUAACAACUGGGUUGUUUGGCCUUUGUAUUGGUUUGUUCAAUGGACUUUGUUCUGGGCUCUUUUUGUUCUUGGUCAUCACUGUGGGCAUGGAAGUUUUUCAAAUAAUCCAAAGCUGA